AUCACCAUGACAACGGCAACUCUAAGUCACGUGUGCGCAUAUCUUGUACAUACUAACGGUCUGGGUCACCGAGGCUUGGCAAUGGAUGAUGGUGCUCAUCCCUUUCAUCCGCCUACCGUUUUUGCACAUCAACGUCUUUCUCAGCUCACACCAACUCACCAGUCCAUUCCUCAUCACGUCAGUUUGUCACACAUUGCGCCCGACAAAGCAAACGAAAUCCGCUGUGCGGUGACCGGCGCUCUCGCACACAACAAACAGAGCGGCCUCUUCUGCUUCGAGCAGAUAGUCGAGACGACGUUCGUUCUGCCGUGGGAUUUGUCACCGCUCGUGCAGCCGGAGCGUCUGAGCGUUCAACUGAGAGACGAAAUCAGAGGCAAACUGCUCGACGACGAGACUGCCGUUCAUUUGGAGUCGUCGGGAGCUCUGAAUUGGAAUCUGAAUGCGGUCUGGCAGUAUGAGAACGAUAGGGGAGAGUGGGAGACGUACGACGGUCGUGUGUGUCAGGAGUUAGAGAAGGGAUAUGCGACUGCGGCUGUCGGGCCGGUGAUGGUCGAGUCGUUGACGGAGACGGUGCAGGUUGACUUUGUGCGGCGCGUUCUGACGUCAGUUGUCAAUGGAAGCAGUCGAGCGAUUCGAAGACUGGCUUGUGCUCCACUGAUGCCAAUGAAGACGGAGCAGUCUGAUGUUUUCUCAUUAUUCCAUGCUGCUUCGCUUGGUUUUUGGGGUGUCAAUGAUCGGACGAAUCUCUUGAGAGAUGCUGUUUUUUACUCAUUGAAUGAUGUCAAGGCUCAGUUUAUACUUCAUUCUCGUUGGCAGCAGGAAUAUGCAAGGAACGUGUUGCUUGGAAGUCGACCACCAUCAUACGAGGAAUGGGAACAGGCGAAACAGAAUCUCGUUGCAAAUCCUCAGUUGCAUAUCUUUACGUUGGCUAACGUCGUCCUUCGACCAAUCAUCGUUUACUCAUCACCCGAAUCCAACGUAGGUGGGAUUUAUCUUCCUCUCUUGUGGGAGAGUCAAUUGGGAAAGUUUCCAUGCGAUAAAGAUCCAUCUCUGAAGAAUCCUUUGCCACUGGCUUACAAUGCUAAAACAGGCAAUUUUUCAGCCCUGGUCACAUUUCGAGGACCCAAGGGCCCACUACCUAUCCUGUUGCCUUUAACAUACAGAAACGGGGCUUGCUUUCGUAUUCACUUUCUGUCCAACUCACAGGUUGCUGUCUCAGAAAACAUCCUUAGACGUUUGAUAAAUAUUGACAUUCUGAGCUCUCCAGUUGCGGGCAGUCCACACGGGUCUCCGACAAAGACUCCAGAGAAUCUGUUCGGAUCCGGAGUGCAACCACUAUUCGGUUGUCGUGCGAGGUCGUUUUCAGAUCUUAUAUCACAACCACAAUAUAGCUGUCCGCCAACCUUGACUGCAGUCUUGGAUGCUCCAGAGCUGCCCGAAGUGAUCGAUACCCUCAUUAAACGAUACCAAAGCGCCUUUUUGUAAAACAUACCGUUUUGUAUACAUUUACAGUAAGGGUUCAUACCUCGCCGAGUAAAAAAUUGUUGAGCUAAAACGAUCUUCACUUGUGGCUUCUUUGUAGUGGUUUCUGAACUGCCAGUUGGAUGUAAUAAAAAUUUGCAUAAUUAUGGAUAAAUAGCUAAUGUAUUAACAUGGGUACAGCGUUUGAA